AUUCAACUUUUAAAAAUGUUUGCAUGUGCAGAAACUGUUUCUGGUAUCAAAUUUAAUUCUUUCGUUGAACAACACGACCUGUCUAAAGUACUUCCUAUAUAGACCAAUCAGAUUUACAAAUCAGAGUUUGAACAUGCCGUAGACAUGCGCAUUAAGUAUUGAUUUUACGACCAAGCCUUCACUCCCUGUUUUGAACUCGCUGGUUAAAGGUUGGACAAAUUUUUACUUGUGAAAAUGGGCGUAGGUAAAAUACUGCUGAUCGUUGGUAGCAUUGGUGCAUUCAUCUUUCUUGCAGCAUGCACAGGCGGAAAUUACUGGAUUGUGAGUAAACUUAAUAGUGAUUUCGGACAAGGAUUAUGGAAAAUAUGUGCCAUCACUUGUGUUUCGUUUGAUGAUUUUAUUGACACAUAUGGUGGAAAACUUCAAGAUUGGUUUAAAGCUGUUCGCGCGUUCGCCAUUUUAUCAUGUUUAGCUGCUAUUGGCGGUGUAUUAAUGUCGAUCUUAGGAUUAGUUACGGAUAAAGUUAAAGGAUUGUUCGCCUCUCUUUUCUUAUUCGCUGCUGCAGGCUGCAUGGCACUUGCUUUGAUAAUUUAUAGCAGUAAACAAAAUAUGAAUACAAAUGUUAAAUACGGAUGGAGCUACAUCUUGGGAUGGAUUGGUGCUCUUGGAGCAUUAGCAUCCGGUAUUAUUGGAUUCAUGGCAGAAAAAUUUUAAGGCCACCGUGUUUAUGGACAAUGGGUAUUUGGAGGAAUUGAAGAACAAUCACGGCGAAAUUUCAUGGUAGCUGUAGAGAAACGUGACAGGCAAACAUUGUUGCCAAUAAUUGAAGAGUACAUUUCACCAGGGUCGAUUAUAAUAUCUGAUUGCUGAUGUUCUAAGCGAAAUAGAUUACCAACAUCUUAAAGUUAAUCAUUCAAUACAGUUCUAUAAUUCUGAAGCUGACAAUACUAAUAAAAUAGAAGGACUCUGGAGGCAAGCAAAAGCACAAUUACCAUCAUUUAGUACGAAUAAAUGUCUUUUUGAUUCACAUUUAGGUGAAUUUAUGUGGCGUUAUGCAAAUAAGGAAAGUGAUCUUAGUAUCCUUUAAGCUUGGUUCUCACCUGGCACUGAAGAGCACAAAAGAGCACUAACGAGCGAUAUCUCGUGUUUUUUUGAUAAGUGAGAAUCAGUUUCAACGCUCCUUAGUGCUCAUUGUUGCUUAUUAGUGCUGUUUCUCGAGCACUAACGAGCACUAAGUAAUUCUAGUGCUCGUUUCAUUGUUUUGUGCUGGGAUCAAAGGUGCCGACAUUCGUGCAGAAGUAUUUUGUACAGAACAUGAUUUCCAAAUGACGAAAUAAAGUACGUUUCAUGCUCAAAAGAGUUCUUAUAUUAAGCAAUUUGGGAACUUUUUCGUUCUCAUGUUUCUUUCUUUUAUAAUUAUUUCGUAGUUGGUCGUUGGUCUUUGGUCAUGCAAUUAUAUUUUUUUUAUAAUCAUUUCGUAGUUGGUCGUUGGUAGUUGGUUGAAACGAUUCUAACGUUUAUUUAGUAGGUGGUAUUGUAAAGUUGCUCCGAAAUCCACAGUAAAAGACCUUUCUUCACCAAUUCCUAGCAUCAUUUUUCCUGCCACGCAAAAGCCAGAUCUAAGAAGCUUACUGCUAAAAAGUAAGCAAAUGACGUCACGCUGGAAUUCAUCUAUAUUUUUUUUCACAUUACCUGUGCACUUUACAAGGAGGACCACAUGCAAUAUGACAAGUGGAAUGAAUUUUAUAGAAUAUGAAUUUUAUAGAAUUUUAUAGAAGUGCGUGUGUUAGUUACUUAUUAUUGUUUUGUUUCUGAUUUUGUAAUCUAAUGGUUGAUGACUGUAUGCACUGAAAUACUUACUUAUGUUACUUAUGUUAACUUUAGUUGUAGCUUCACGACUGUCGUGGACGACCGACGUCAGUCACUUCUUCCUCUUCUUCUACUUCAUCUGUGAAGAGAGGAGGAUGAGGAUUAGAAGGAACUACAGUGACUAUACUGUUUUCUAAGCCUUCAUUUGUCUCGGGGAUCGGAAGUUCUGACUGAUUUUUCUAAAUUUUGAUGUGUUUCAUAACCUUUUUGUGGCAGAUUGAUGGGUAAUGGCAAUAUACGACAUGCUGAAUGAAAUUAUUUUUGUUGAUUAAGAUGUGUUUCUCAAAAACCAAUCUUUUUUACAUUUUGGGUAAACUUUUGUUUACGAACCAUAUACAAUGUAAUCUUUUUUAAUUCAAGUUUAUUUUUUGCUUAUUAAUUUUUUGACAUUUAGGGUCAAAAUUGUUGGUGAAGGGUAGUAUGGAUCAUCAUACUAAAAAAUAAAAUUUUUGUGUUCUUAACUGGUUGAUUCUUACAUUUUGUGUAAAUUUUUGUGGGAGAGAAUGGUAUGCAACUGAAUUGACUGAAUUUUGUAGAUUUACAUUAAAUGUUUUCUUAACUAUGGCUUUUUCAUAUUUUUGUAUAAGCUUUUAAGGGAAAGACAAUAUUGAAAAUGUGUAAAGAACUUAUUUUUGUUGAUUUGUGCUAACUCUUGCAGGCCAACUUUUUUGAAAUUUUAGAAUAAAAUACUGAGGGUUUUCAACAUAAUCACUUAUAAAAUGUACAUAUUUGAGGUGCAUUAUUUCUGAUGUAUUAUCCGUGACUGUUUGUGUUCUUACUGUUGGUUUUGUGAGUAUUGGUGUUGUGAGUGUCGUUGUUGUGAGUGUCGUUGUUGUAACUUUUUAUCAACUAGAUUUUACACCUUGCAAGCUGUUCUUUUUUUGUGGAUGGGUUGCUGACAUCAUCAAAAUUUAAAUGACGCUUCUUUUUCGUUUUUAUCUGCACAUUUUUUUGUUUUUGCGGGUCUUUGCUGACGUCAGCCAAAUUAUAAAACCCUUAUAUCUCCUAAAACGUUCAUCAAAAGCGCAUGAUUCUAUACGUAAUUUUGGUCGGAGUUUCGAGCUCUAGACAAUGGAGGCACCAGAUAACCAAAUUUUCGAAAAAAGAUUUGUUGGGUAUUGACGGUCACUUGCAGAUGCCAUCAAAAUCCAAGAUGGUUUUCUUUUUCAUUGUUCCCCUGCCUAAGUGGAUUUUUAUAAUAAUACGCCAGUUCCGUGUCUCUGUAACAGGCAAAGUGGAUGUCUUCAUUUUCCUUUAAUGUUGCCGAAAAAUGCAGGUCUAAUAUGUUAAAUUUUCUGACGUUACGGCUCGACGUCAAUUACUUUAACGUCAUCUUAUAUUAAA